AUGUUUGACCUUGACAGAGGGCCACACACGCCUCAUGGUGUCAUGCUGCUGCCUCUAUUGUUGGGACUCACAGGAGCAGCUACAAAGGAGCUGAAGGUGAUUCAGCCCGAGAAAACAGUUUCUGUUGCUGCUGGAGAGUCAGUCAUUCUUAACUGCUCUGUGACCUCCCUGAUGCCUGUGGGGCCCGUGAAGUGGUUCAGGGGUACAGGGCAGAGUCGGCACCUCAUAUAUAGUUUCACAGGAGAGAAGUUCCCCAGAGUCACGAAUGUUACAGAUACUACAAAGAGAAACAUCUUGGACUUUUCCAUCCGCAUCAGUAAUGUCACACCUGCUGACACUGGCACCUACUACUGUGUGAAGCUCCUCAGAGCAGAAGCUGACAAGGAGCAUCAGUCUGGGGGAGGCACUGUGUUGUAUGUGCUUGCUAAACCAUCUCCUCCUGUGGUUUCUGGCCCUACAGCCAGAGUGACUCCUGAACAGACAGGGAGUUUCACAUGCAAGUCCCAUGGCUUCUCCCCUCAGCACAUCACACUGAAGUGGUUCAAAGAUGGACAUGAGCUCACUCACUUCCAAACUACUGUGGACCCCAAAGGAGAAAGCACCACCUACAAUAUCUCCAGCACAGCCCAGGUGGUGCUAGAUGCUGGGGAUGUAUACUCUCAGAUUAUCUGUGAGGUGAAUCAUGUCACCUUGCAAGGAGGUCCUCUCCGUGGGACUGCCAACUUAUCUGACACCAUCCAAGUUCCACCCACCGUGGAAAUCAUCCAGCAACCAACAAUGAUGUGGAGACUGGUAGGUGUCACCUGCCAGGUGAAUAAGUUCUACCCUUCGAGACUUCGGUUGACUUGGUUAGAGAAUGGAAAUAUAUCCCAGAUAGAAGACCCUUCUACACUCACAGUAAACAAGGAUGGAACCUACAGCUGGACCAGCUGGCACUUGGUGAAUAUAUCUGCUCAUGAGGAGGACAUCAAGCUUAUGUGCCAAGUUGAACAUGAGAGACAGCCACUAGUCUUAAAAUCCCAUACUCUGGUGAUCAGUGCAUUGCAGAGGGAACAAGGUAUUGGCAGCAUAUCUGGUGUUGCUGCACCUCAGCUUCUGACCUGUUUACCAAUAGUUCCUCUCUUUUUGAAUGUCAAAUGUAGCACUUUGCUUAUUGUGUGUUAA